AUGGAGGGGCUUCUUCACACACUUGUUUCCCGUGACGAGGACAAUGGAGCAGCUCGUGGCAAGCGGGCCUUGGUUGUGACUGUCGUUCUAACGGCUAUCUCCACCGUCAUUGUCGCAAUGCGCCUAUAUGCUCGACUUGGUCUGAUGAAAAUUACCGGUCGUGAGGAUUGGGCUAUUCUGAUCUCAUUGGUCUUUUCCAUAAUCUACCUUGCACUUGUCGCCGCUCAAUUCAACUAUAGUAUGGGUGUCCACUCUGCGCUUCUCUCUAGUCACACAUUACAGCAACAACUUAAAUGUUUGUGGGCUGCUAUUCCGAUGUACAACGCCAGCUUGGCCUUCACCAAGUUCUCUAUUCUUUUCCAAUAUCUUCGAAUCUUCCCGGGUCGACCAUUCCGCAUUGCCUGCUACGUAGUGAUGGCCAUCGUGGCUGCUUAUUCGAGCUGGGCCAUUGUGAGCGGCUACGUGAAUUGUGUGCCCGUGGCAAAGUUCUGGAACCACGAUUUGCCCGGAAAUUGUCUCAACUUCGAAGCCGUCUGGUUUUUCAAUGCCUCCAUGAACAUUGCAACCGAUAUUGCCCUUCUUCUUCUGCCAAUGCCACUUCUAUCUCAGCUACAGCUCCCUCGCAUGCAAAAGUUUGCUUUGAUGGGCGUCUUUGCAAUGGGAAUCCUAGUGGUUGUCACUAGCAUUCUCCGUCUGUCGAGUCUCCGCGAAGUAGCGAACAGCACGGACACAUCUUAUAGCAACGUUGGAGCUGCUUACUGGACCGCUGCAGAAUGCAAUGUGGCCAUUAUCUGCUCGUGUCUGCCCUUUUUGCGCCCAAUCAUCAGCCGCAUUUUCCCCAAUCUCCUAUCUACAGCCAGCUACAACCGAUACACAGGGACGAGACCAGUCGGUACCACUGCCACGGGAACUCGCACUCAGACACGACAUACCCAGCUGUUCAGCCAGAACCACGAUAAGGAGUUUGACAUGUAUUCUAUCAAUGUCAAGCAAGGUGACCGCACCAGCCAUAGCUCCUUUUCUGGCAUUGAAGUUACUACUGAGAUGACUGUCGUGCAGGAGGACCACAAGUUUGGGAACACCAGCGAGCAAAAGUUGGUUAUGGAGGCGUGA